AUUAUUUUUAAAUCUAUGCUAGCAGAAUUGUAAGCAAAAUAAACUAAAUUGACCUUGCAAAGAAUGACUCCAGAAGAGAGAGCUGCAUACGAAGCUAAGAAUAAGCCACCUCCUCCACCCACUAAUUCUGCAGAUUUUUAAGCUAAACUUGCCAUGCUCAAUCAAUAAGAACCAGGGUCUGCAUAAUCAUAACAAACAGCUCCUCCCAACACUAAAGUCAUGGUAAAUAAAGCUGCUCCUCCUCCUCCCCCACCUCCACCACCUCCUCCUCCUCCCAAAGGAGCUGUACAUAAUUCUCAUAUUAUUAUUAAAGCCACCUCCUCCACCUCCAGGUCCUCCUGCCGCUAAAUCAACAACCAAUCCACCUAACUCAACUCAAACAAUGCCAGCUUAUUAACCUCCUCCACCUGUUUAAAACCUACCGCCUCCUCCACCACCUCCACCUCCUCCUCCUCCAGUUAAACAAAAUAUAAUGCCUCCUACACCGCCACAACCAGUACAAUAAUAAUUUCAAGCUCCCCCUUAUCAAUAAAUGUAAUAAGCAAGCAACGUUACAAAUUACCAGAAUCCAGGUUCAUAAAAGUAAUAAUCAAAUGAAACUUAUCUCCCUGUUACAAAAAAUCAAGAGAGUAUGGCAUAUUAUAUUGUUUAGGAGAAAUUGUGGGAGAUACAAAGUAAGUCGAAUUUCAUGAACUUCAAUAAGAUAAAAAAUAAAAAAUCGAAAUCAACUAUUUUUUAGCUAUUGGUGGUGUUAAUUUGUAAGAAUCGUUUUAAGCAACUACAUUUGAAAAUAUUGAUAAAAUUAGCUAAUUAAGUGCCCCUUUUUAAAAUGAAAAUAGGAAUCCAGAAUUCUAUUCUAUCAAAAAGGGAUUCAGAAAAUUAGAUUAGAAUCCUAACUAAGCUGUGAUUUACUUUUAAAAGUCAGAUACAUCAUCAUAAGUAAAAGUUACCAGAAAUUUUGAAAAAUACCUGAAGAAUGACAAUAAUUCAUGGACAUAAAGUCAAAAUAAGCAACAUUUGUAAUUAUUAAAGAAAAAGUAUCGAAAGGACAUUGAAAAAUACAAAGAAGAUUAACUUAAUGCAAUUUAAUUAGCCAUUUAAUAAGCCAUCCAAUAAACCAUUUAAGAAACAGUUGAAGAAACAAUUGAAGAGAAUGUUUUGAAAGAAGUAGAUGAAAGUAGAUUUUAAGCAGCCAGUAAAAAACUAUAAGAAAUAAUAAAUAUUAAAGUGAGUAAUAAUGAUUAUUCUUCCCUUUAAACAUUGCUUCCAUAGAUUCAAGUAAAAUUCAUUAAAUCUUUCUUAGAAAUUCAAAGAUACUAAAAAGAUUUAUGAUUAGUUAGAUCCUGAGGCAAGAUAAGAUCUUGCAGUUAAUUUAGAAUCCAUGAUGACCACAAUAGAAGCAAUGAUUUUGUGAAUUUUAGAUAUUAAUAUUACCAGACAUAAAAAUUAUAGAUAGC